GGUCAGAAGUGUUGGAGUGUGACUUACACCCAUCAGAGUAUCUGUGUCUUGAAGGGGUCAACAGUGGACAUAUCCUGCUCUUACACAUAUCCCAGUUAUCAUGAGAUAAAAAAAGCUUUCUGGUUUACUAAAUGGUCUGGUAUGGACACUGAAGAGCUGAGCUCAAUGCCAGGGUAUGAAGGUCAUAUAGAGUACCUUGGGGAUAAGAAGAGUGACUGUACCCUGAGAAUCACAGACCUGAGAUUGAGUGACUCUGCUGGGUUCAGGUUCAGAUUCAUAACAUCUGGAGGAAAGUUUUCUGGCUCACCUGUCUCCCUGACUGUCACAAAUGUUGUGUUGGAGAUGGAUCCUACAUCUGUGUCAGAGGGGGAGAAUGUCACACUGAGAUGUAGAACCAAAUGUACACUGAACCCCAUCACAGCCUACAGUUGGGAUAAGAAUGGACAGCCUAUACCAAACAGCAACACCUCCUCUCCUGUCUAUAUCCUAUUCUCAGUCAGCAGUGAGGAUACAGGCAGAUACUCCUGUUCUGUAGAAGGACAUGAGGAUCUCCACUCUGCUGAAGAGACUCUCACUGUCACAUAUGGACCAAAGAACACCUCAGUAUCAGUCAGUCCCUCUGGUGAACUAGUGGAGGGCAGGUCAGUGACUCUGACCUGCAGCAGUGAUGCCAACCCACCUGUGGACAAAUACACCUGGUACAAGAAGAACGUAACCUCACCAAAAGCAUCAGGACAGAGUUACAACAUCACUAACAUCAUCUCUGAGGACAGAGGAGAAUAUUACUGUGAGGCCCAGAAUGGAAGAGGAUCUAUGAACUCUACAGCUCUGAUGAUCAUUGUAGCAGGGAAACAGACCUCAGUUCUGACUGCAGCUGUAGGAAUCAUAGUGGUUGUUCUGGGUGUCAUACUGGCUUCAUGUCUCUCUGGACUCAUGUGGUUCAGGAAGAAGGUCUUCAAAACCACCUCUGACACAAGACACAUGACAGGCAAUGGACAGCGAGACUCUAGUCCAGUGUAUGACAACAUCUCAGGCAUGGCCUUCACCCCUACUGCAGCACAGACAGCGGCCACCGUCGACCAAGAUGACAUUCACUUCACCAGCAUCCACGUCUCUCACUCCAAAAACCAGGAAGUGCCUCUGUACUCCACCGUCCAGCUGCUUCAACCCCAGAAAGAGGAUGAGGAUGUCCAGUACGCUGCUGUGAAUUUCAACCUCCCCAGUGCUGUCACCUGGUCCACGGUGGAACAAGCAGCUGAGGAGGAUCCCUCUGUUCUCUACAGUACAGUCAACAAACCCAGAACCAAGAAGACCUGAACACAACAAACCCAGAACCAAGAAGACCUGAACACAAUAAACCCAGAACCAAGAAGACCUGAACACAACAAACCCAGAACCAAGAAGACCUGAACACAACAAACCCAGAACCAAGAAGACCUGAACACAACAAACCCAGAACCAAGAAGACCUGAAAACAACAAACCCAGAACCAAGAAGACCUGAACACAAUAAACCCAGAACCAAGAAGACCUGAACACAACAAACCCAGAACCAAGAAGACCUGAACACAAUAAACCCAGAACCAAGAAGACCUGAAUACAAUAAACCCAGAACCAAGAAGACCUGAACACAAUAAACCCAGAACCAAGAAGACCUGAACACAACAAACCCAGAACCAAGAAGACCUGAACACAAUAAACCCAGAACCAAGAAGACCUGAACACAACAAACCCAGAACCAAGAAGACCUGAACACAACAAACCCAGAACCAAGAAGACCUGAACACAACAAACCCAGAACCAAGAAGACCUGAACACAACAAACCCAGAACCAAGAAGACCUGAACACAAUAAACCCAGAACCAAGAAGACCUGAACACAACAAACCCAGAACCAAGAAGACCUGAACACAACAAACCCAGAACCAAGAAGACCUGAACACAAUAAACCCAGAACAAAGAAGACCUGAACACAACAAACCCAGAACCAAGAAGACCUGAACACAACAAACCCAAAACCAAGAAGACCUGACAAACCCAGAACCAAGAACUGAAAACAACAAACCCAGAACCAAGAAGACCUUGUAUAUCUGGACCCGUAUAUUAUAACUAGUGGUAUAAUUAAGCAAUAAGGUCAGAGGCGGUGUGGUAUAUUGGCAUAUAUACUGUACCACGGCUAAGGACUGUUCUUAAGCACGACACAACGCAGAGUUCCUGGAUACAGCCCUUAGCUGUGGUAUAUUGGCCUAUAUACUGUACCACGGCUAAGGACUGUUCUUAAGCACGACACAACGCAGAGUGCCUUGAUACAGCCCUUAGCUGUGGUAUAUUGGUCUAUAUACUGUACCACGGCUAAUGACUGUUGUUCUGCACAACGCAGAGUGCCUUGAUACAGCCCUUAGCCGUGGUAUAUUGACCAUAUACUACAACCCAGAGGGCCUUAUUGCUAUUAUAAACUGGUUACCAACAUAAAUAGAAAGUAAACAAAUAUUUUUGUGUUAUACCAGUGUUCUAUUGUCUGAUAUACUGUAUGUGAAAUGAAAUGCUUAUUCAGCCAAUCAGCAUUCAGGACCUAAACUACCUGGUUUAUAAUAGUAUCUAGUAAUAUACAGUGCAUUCAGAAAGUUUUCAGACCCCUUGACUUUUUCCACAUUUUGUUAUGUUACAGCCUUAUUCUAAAAUUGAAUAAAUAGUUUUUUUCCCUCA